AUGAAGUUGAUAUAUUUUGUGACUUUCUUGUGUUUUUUUAUUGUGAAGUGUGGAUCUAUGUCACAAAGUGAAAUAGAAGAUUUUGCGAAUUUCAUACAGGAAACAUCUCACUUGGAUCAAAAUCUAAAAAGUAAGGAUCCCGAAGCAGACUAUGAUGAAGAUGAACCAGUUGACAAUGCUUGGGAGGAAAGUGGGAAAUUCGAAGGAGAUUUAAUUUUAAACGAUCGGCAGCGUCGGAUGAUUGUCACCAAUGUUGUAGAGGGACUUGCUCGUAAUGGACUAACUGAUAGCACAAAACGCUGGCCAAACAAUGAAGUUGUUUAUUUCAUACAGCGAGAACACUUUAAUCUUGAUCAAGUCCAAGCCAUUCAAGAUGGGCUAGACGACUUAGCUCGCGCUUCCUGUAUAAAAUUCAUACCAUACAAAAAAGGCGAUCGUGAUGCGGUGGUUAUACAGGGAAGUAGGCGCGGGUGCUUCUCUCAAGUGGGUUACCAGGGCGGCUACCAAGUUCUCAACUUAUCUGGCCGUCACCCAGUUGGGCGUGGCUGUUUCCGCCAUGGAACUGUUGUUCACGAACUUCUACAUACUCUCGGAUUUUACCACAUGCAGAGUAGUCCCGAUCGAGACGACUAUAUCGAUGUGCAUUGGGAAAAUAUAAUACAAGCUGCUCGACACAAUUUCCGCAAAUACAACACGUUUUCCGUGUCCGAUUUUGGAGUCGGCUACGACUACGAGAGUGUACUGCAUUACGGUCAAAAAGCGUUCUCUGUCAAUGGACAAGACACUCUAGUGCCAAAACAGCUGGGAGCGAAUAUCGGACAAAGAGUUGGUUUAUCACAAAAAGAUGUUCAAAAAUUGAACAAAAUGUAUUGUGACGCAGACUCCGACCUGCAAUUAGACGACUCAUCAAAGUCUCCUGUGCUUAAAAAGAAAUCUAGAAAAAAUAAACCCUUUCAGGGUCGCGGAAUAGGAUAUCAUCAAGGUAAAACCGUGGUGAUAAAUCUAGCUGAUGCACAAACAUAUAAUUUGAAUGAUAUUGAUAAGCUUAAUGAUUUUAGCGGAACCAAAGAAACCAGUAUGCCUUCAAUGUCUGUUCAAGGAUUUGGAGUUACUCAAGAGAUAAAUGAUUUUCCUAUAUCCGAAAGUUUGCUAAAUAAAAUGAAAGAUGAAAGCAAAGAUCUGCAAGCAUUGUUAUAUAGAUUUUCGAAUGUAGUCAAUAGCAAGAUAAACCCGUCAGAUGCCAGAAAAUUUGACUAUGAACAUUCCAAUGAAUAUAACACUCCAAUGACAGAACUAAUGCAACCUAAACCAAAUUUAAACCACAUUCAGAAUAGUGAGUGGUACAGAGAACCUGUUCAUAGACCCCAAGAUGAUCAAGAAAUAUUAGCACUAAGGAACAAAGAAAAUAUGUAUGACCAUUCAGACAGUGGCCGUUAUCACACUGAUGAUAAUGAACGAGAAAUCAUCGGAUACAAUAAAAACAUUGCGUAUCAUACUAAUAAUCAAGAUUAUUCACCAAUCAAGGAAAACAGAAUAAAUAACUAUAGUAGAUUACGCACUUAUAAGGAAGAUGCACCAUAUAAUCAUGACAAUUUAUAUGAAGCUCCACCUCAAAUUUAUCGAGAAUCUGGAAAGUUGAUAAGUACAAAAUCAUUUUUAAACGCACCAGAAUAUCUUCAAACUAUACCAAAUAAAAGUCAGCGUCAAACGCAACAUCAAUUUCAUGGCACUUAUUUAAACAAUAGAUAG